AUGAGAACAAUGUCUGAUGAGACAGAACAGAGAAUGUGUGAGGAGGACUUUGGUACGGACGAGGAGGGCGAGGAAGCAGACGUGGAGUCGUACCUGGAGGACAACAGCAGCGAGCUCAUGGACCGACUUAGAGAGCUGGAGGUGAGACAGUAACGCACGGAGGGAAAAAAAAGGGAAUAAAGAAGGAAAAUAAAUCACAUUUAAAGCGAUUUCACAGAGUCUGAUGGGUGUUUGUUGUGUGCUUGUAUCCUGGCUGUGAAAAUCUUAAGUCGGUGUUUAUCUGCCUGACAUUCAUCACUGAGUUGUUAUUCUCCUCACAGGCUGAAAACUCUGCUCUGAUGUUGGCGAAUGAGAGUCAGAGGGAAGCUUAUGAGAGAUGUUUGGAUGAGGUGAGUUCAUGUAAAUUAAUCAGGACACUAAGAACAGUUAUAAAUAUCUCCCCAGCUCAGACUUUCUGCAUCAUAUUUAAUCUUUUCUGGUGUUCAUAGGUGGCCAACCACGUGGUGCAGGCUCUGCUAAAUCAGAAGGUAACGCGUGUCUUCAUGUGUUUGGAUUAUUUGAUUUAAGUCUGUCAGGUUUCUCACAGCUCUGUGUGUCACCGAACAGGAUCUGAGAGAGGAGUGCAUCAAGCUGAAGAUGUUGGUGUUCGACCUGGAGAGACAGAACCGAGCGCUUUGUGAGCUUUUUCAGCAGAAACUGCCCAACCACCCCACCGCUCACUACCAGGUAAAUCAGCCUCACCUGUCCGUCAUGAUCAACGAAGAGCCGUGUGGUUUUAACUCUCUGAACUUCAGCGUGUGUUUACAGGAGCUUUACUCCUUAAAUACAGAAAUGUUGAGUAAAAACUAAAACAGUUCUGAUCUCCUCAGCUCUGAUUCACUUCAGCCUCAUUCUUUCAAACGCUGGUGAGUCAGUCAAGAGUCUCGGUUUCUGCUCGUAUUGUUUCCUGCAGAUGCCAGAACAGAGUAUCUGCAGUCAUCUGUGUGUAUAAUAGCCUGAAGUGUGUACAGCGCCGUCCUAAUUGCCUCAUGACUCUCCUGUUACAGGUCCAGGCGGGACCCCUCCCAGACUACAAUGCACAGCUGCACAAUGACUCUGCCAAACAGGUGGAGUCUGCACAGACUGAAGCACAAGCCAAGGUGAGGAGCACAGAGAGUGUGUGUGAGUGUGUGUGAGUGUGUGUCGAGUCAAAUCCAUGAGAGAGAGAACGAUCUCCACCUGAGCCACAGAACUUUAUUUACUUUAUAAACUCUCACAGGCUCUAACAGAGUUUUUUUUUUCCAGUUAUCUGGUAAAACUGAAACCUCAUCAGACACCUGUUCAUAAUAUUACAUACAUAUAUGAGUUGUUAGUCACUUGAUAGGAGUCAGCAGCAGUUGGCCUCUAAAGCAGCAGUCAGUAAACACUUAAAACAUUUCUUAACCCAUUAAGACCUGAACCCUGACUGAGACACGCCUCUGAAAUCCUGAGAAGGGCCCCCAGAUCCUGAGGUUUAUAAAAAAGCUGAUAUCUCGGCCUCUGUAGCAGGUAGAAACAAAAUUAAAAAAGUAUAUUUUAAUUCUUCCAAACCUUCAUCACAUUAUUAAAAAUCUUGAACAAACUCACAUGAAAUAAAGCAGCUGUAUAAAUCAAAGUAAAGACUCUGAAAUGGAGAAUAACAAACUAUUUGCUGUCUGUAAAACAAGCGGCAGUCAUGAUAAAGUCUCCAUUCUUUAAGUGUUUAAAAGGUAUACAGCUGCCCUAGUAUAGUGCCAGAACAAAAGCAGAACUAAAAAAUAAAAAAUAAAUAAAUGCGUGUCUGACAGUGUGUUCAUCUCUGUGUUCACUCAAAGUCAUGAACACUCACAGAAAACGCCGAUAGUGUGAGACAAAGAUCUCAAUAUGAAGAGGUUGUUCAGACUGGAGGUCCACCAGCUCCUCUUCGUCAUCACCAAAAACAUUCCUCUCAUCCACAAAUCCCGAUCUUGUGGCCCAGAAGGUUCUAAAUAGGGUCGCCAACGUUGUCAUUUCUGCUACCAUCGCUAAGGCUGAAGCUCCUCUCUGCCUCCGUCAUCGUUUACUUUCCUCACGAAGGACGUAGCGAGAUCAGAGCAUGAAUCCGAUCACUUUGUUAGGUUGUCAGAGGCAGACAGGUGUGUUGAUUUGAUUCGCCACGAUUUCAGAAAUGAUUGACAAACUACAGAAUGUUACAAAAUAACAUAUCCAAGCUCACGGCUUGAAGGGUAGAAAUGCGUCAGGCUGUCCUGGUUUAAACGGGUUAAUAGAAGUUAGCAGCAGUUUGUCUCUAAAGAAGAAAUCAGGAUUGAGAGUAAAACACUUAAAACAUCUCUAAAAGAAAAGAGAUUUUAACUGAUUCGUCAAGUAUUUCUGUGACAGUAGCUAAAAUAAUCUCUUAUUGUUGUGAAUUUAAUCUCCUGGAGUUAAAAGCUAAAGUUGUGUGUCGUUGUUCGGAGGCUUUAACCCGCUCUGACAUUUGCUCUGUAAUCAUCUAUUGUGCUUUAAAAAGCUAAUCUGCUCUGCGCCGGCUUCCUGCACGCACGCUCUCUAAAGGUCUUUAUGAACUGGAUUGUUUGCCUCUGAGAGCUGAUUGUUUGCUGAUGGACGUCUAUUUCUGUCCAAAGGGAAACGGCUACCGCACACAGCACGCCUCCCCGGGCCCCCGCGGCCCCGCCGCCUCCAUGGAGGCCCUGUCCCCCUUUUUCAAGAAGAAAGCACACAUCCUGGAGGUCCUGCGCAAGAUGGAGGAGACGGACCCUCUCAAGUUCCACCCGUCCACCACGAGCCUGUCUUUCUGCGACUACAGCCAGGUGCUCAUGUCCACAGAGGCUGUUCUGGCCGCCGCUGAGCCCCUCCCCCUACAGCCCCACCACACACACUGCCACUGCUCGCGCUCCGACGCUGACGCUCACCAGCAUGUCAACGGCGACGGGGCGGUGAAGUGCGAGGGGGGGAACACCUGCUGUUUACACUGCAAGAGGAGUCCAGAGGGGGGUCCUCUAAAGCCAUGCAACCACGUCUGUAGUCCUUCGAAAGCGGCCGCCCAGAGCCACGGCGUCCCCGCAGCUGCUACGAGCGAAUGUCACAGUAAGAGCAGAACGGCAGACGCCGCUCCCUCGUCCAAAUGCACCAAGAAUGAAGUCCACCAGCAACCCGCCGCCGGCAGCUCCCGCCCCGCCGCCUCGGCUGAUCAGAGCCUGGAGGGGACGGAGGAGCAGGAGAGCGCGGAGAGUUUCCUCAACGACAGUGCCUCUGAGGAGCUCGCCGGUUUCAGCGCCGUGAAGGAUGGCAAACAGAUCUCCCACUGUGACAUGGAGACCGGCGACGGGGUUCAGAACGGCGUGGCCUCCAUCAGCGACCCCUCAUCCAUCCCUGAGAAAGACGUCCCUGAUCACGAGGCCGCUUCAUCGAGAGCCGGAGCCUCCGUCAGCCCCAGCCCGUCCUGCCUCAGCGACGUCAAAGCCGCCGCCAUCAACUCCCCGUCCAAACUGCUCAAGUUCUUAAAGAUCCCCUCGAUAGGCGACAAGUCUCAGGCGUCAACCUCCGCCGUCCGUCUCAGCCCGCAGCUCACCCGCAGCUCCAGAAUCCCGUGUCGCACAAACAACUACGAAGUUUACCACUCGCCCGUCCCCACGCGCAGAGCCACGACCACGGAGAGGUGCAGGCAGCCCCCGCCUCCCCCCUCCAGGUCUGAGUCGUACCCGGCCACACACUCGGCGCCGACGUCCCCUCCGCAGCCUGAAGACGUCUGCGCUCCGCCCGUUAAAGACAUAAGCUACAGCAGCCUCUCGGCGCCCAAAGCCGGCUCAAAGAUGGUGCCGCCGUCGUCCACGUGUCCCUCCUCCUCGUCCCCAAAAGUCUCUCAGAGGAUUCCUCACUAUGAAAACGUCUGUAACAUGUCCAGAGAGGCGGAGCCGACCUCCAACCUCGAGAAGAGAACCACCCUCCCCUCACAGACGAAGGCGAACGGCGCCGAGAGGAAGCUCGUCAAAUCGCUGCCUGAAAGUGUCCUGAACCCCCAACCUCAGAGGAAGCAGUCGUCGUCCUCCACGUCGGAGUCCACCUCCGACGACGACGAGGACUCAGACAGUCCCGUGUGGGUCAACCACCACAGCCUGCCCAGUUCCUCCGCCCUCAACAAAGCCCAGGGUCGAACCAGCUACGCCCAACCGCGAGAAAAACCGGAGGCUGAUGUUACCGUGCAGAGCUUGGAGGUCGUCCAGCAGCAGCCGCCUCCUCCUCCAAUCAGACGGGGAGACUCCUCCUCCAUCCCCAAGCGACCUAUGUCUGCAGCGGGGAGAUCUCAGGCUGACUCCAGUCAUCACGCGUUUAAAGACAGACUGGCGGCUCUCAGCAAACUGAGGAGCUCCGAGGACUUACAGGUGGGUCUGCGGCCGGUGGAGAACGUGAACGAAGGCGCCGCGGAGAGACCGAUGGAGCUCCACAAGGAGGAGCAGAGACACUCGAAGUUCGCGGACUCCUUGGACAGUAAACCUAAAGGCGGGAGCGUCGGCUUGAAGUACCCGGGUUCAUCUCAGAUCUACGAGCAGGCCGUCAAGUCCCAGUCUAAACAGGAAGUGUGUGUGACAAAGACAGAAGGAUCCAAGAGUAAAAUCGGUCUGCCGUCCCCCAACGCCGACGCGCCGCAGGUUCUUCGCAACAACAUCAAGUGUCCCGGCUCCUUGAAUCUGGCCUAUAAUCUCAAACAAGCUUCUCACAGCAGCAGCAGCCCCAACAAAAUCCCCCCGAAGUCGCCGUCCAAACCCUGUCAGCCCACGUCCGUCCACAGAGCGGGGAAACCAGAGACCCCCAGAUACUCGUCCAAAUCUGAGGAGAGGACGAAGAUCAGCGGGAAAGGGAAGAAGAACCCGAUGUACGGAGACAGUCUGCCUCCUCCUCCUCCCAGACCUCCGACAUCCGACGUGGAGAAGCAGCCGAUGCAGCCGACCCCGACCCCGCAGUCUGCCAUCGAGCAGAAGGUGAUGAAGGGCAUCGAGGAGAACGUGCUGAAGCUGCAGGAGCAGGACCGAGGAGGUCAGGGCGGCGAGGUGAAGCAGAAAGCCUCCAACGGCAUCGCCAGCUGGUUCGGACUGAAGAAGAGCAAGCUGCCGGCGCUGAGCCGCAAAACCGACGGCACCAAAGCGAAAGACGAGAAGAAGGAGUGGAAGAUCAACAUCCCGUCUGUGGGCCGGGACUCGGUGAAGAUGGCCACCAGGUGUAAAGAGGGAGUGGAGGGUCUGAACAUCUCCACCCUGAUGGAGAAGGCGGAGGGGCUGAGGAGGGCCCUGGAGGAGGAGCGGGCGUACGUGGAGCGGUCGGGCAGGGGUCACUCCUGCGAGGUGGUGAUGGACCAGGCUCAGGGACAGCUGGCUGUCAUGUACAGAGGAGCGCGCUCAGACAACUUCAUGCAGCAGCUGCUCAACAGGUGAGUCAGUGGUGGGGCGAAAUUCAGAGAUUUCAAAAUAAAGAGAUAAGAAAACCGGACAAAGUCGAUGUUUGGAUGAAAACAUCGUCGCCUCAUCCGUCAAACUGCUGUGUGAAAUUUAGAGGGAUAUUCAGGCGUCUCUAGUUAUACCAACUUUAGUAACGACUGCACGAUUGCAAUACAGAGAGCCACGCCCUCAACCAAAACGCCACUCUAUAGCCACAAAUAAUGCUCAGAACAGCACCUAACUUCAUCAACAGGACAUAUAGGGUCACAGACAUAGUACUAGACACCAAACAGCUUUUUAACUUUGACUCAUUUCUUUAGCAAAGAGACUAAACACAACUCACCUACUCUCUUCCAGCAGACGCUUGUUUGUAGAGAGACCUCAGGCCAGUCCAUUACGGACUACAGCGGGGUGACGCAGCUCAAGGAAGAACAUUUAUGAUCAUUUCUUUAUGGAAAUACAAUCAGACCGAGACGCUACGGCAGAAGAACUACCGCGUCUGCAAAAUUAUUAAUAUGGUGAUUAUUACUUCAAGGAAAUGAUGAAGAAAUGAUCAUAAAUGUUCUUCCUUGAGCUGCGAAACUCCGCUGUAGUCCGUAAUGGACUGGUUGAGGUCUUGCUACAAACAAGCAGCUGCUGGAAGAGAGUAGGUGAGUUGUGUUUAGUCCUGUGGUCGUUACUAAAGUUGGUAUAACAACAUUCAUCUCUAACUCUGUGUUUCGGUGUGUUUGACCCUAACUUAGUUUUACGUCAGAAUAUCCCUUUAAUCAGUCGUCUCCUGUAAUUUGAAGUUCACUCACUCGUAUCUGAACAACAGGAUUACGUCUUUGUUCCGUCUGAUCUCAGGUCUCCUCGUAUCUCUGUUCGAACUGCAGAGCAGUAAUGACUGUGACUGUAGAUUAGCCUCUGACACAUGAGCUUAAGAACGUCUUAAAGAUAAAAACUGUAAAAGUCGUCCACUCAGCGCCGCCUUUUUAAGCCUCUUCUGGUCAUUUUUCUUGUUCUUUCUGCAUAAACUCUGAGAUUAAAAAGAUCGAAUUAACUUUGUCUAAACUUGACGAAUGUUCAGGGUCGACGGGAAGGAGAUGAUCAGCAUGCCGCAGCGCCGCCUCUCCUUCGACUGCAAGACGUCGAAGCCCGUGUUCAGUCAGCAGAGCGACGUCAUCAGUCACACCACCAGCCGGGACGACAUCGAGAAGGUACGGCGCUAUAAAACUCUCUGUGCAAGCUAGAAAAAGUUGGUCUUAGAGCCCGCCUCCUCCAUGUAAACAGAUGGGACAUGAGUCAAACUUCAAACUCAAACAGCACAUUCAAUACAUGCUUCUGUGGCACGGUUUCCAUCAUUAUAGUUAGCUUUUAUCGUACAGUUUUAUUCCCAAGUACUUGUUUUUAAAUGAUCGGAUUUACAUGAUUGGCAGCUCUGUUUACAAAUGCAACUCCUGCAGAUUAGUGUGCAACAGAUUAACAGAGCAGAGUGAGAGAAAAGGCACCAAACACUUACAAAUAGACUCUUUCCACACAAAUACAAUCAUGAGAGGAGGUGGAGAAGCAUCGUCCAUCUUAAAAACACUCAAAGAGACACAGAGAAAGAUUUUAACAUGACUAAGUGAGAAAAGAGGAAAAGUCGUCUCCUGGUUUUUAAUCCAGUUUCUCUUUCCUUCAAAGCUGAACUCUGUUUUUAAUUCGUGUUUCCUACAUGUCGAUUCAGUUCGCUCACUUCUCCGUCUGACACUUUGUUGUCGUCUCACGCAGGGAUCAGACAGAAUCGGCAAGAUCACGUCAGACGAAAACCUCGCCGAUUCGGUUCACUCCCAACACUUCGCAGGUAAGAAGAGUCUGCCAGGAUGGAAACAUCCGUCUGUUUUUUUCUGUGAGGUUCAUGAGAAGAACGACCUUGUGGAGGAUCAAACCAAAGAAGAAGUCUGGGAAUAGAGAAAUGAAUUAAUGUAUGAAGGAUUUCACAGAGAGAGAGAGAGACGUUUGGCACUGAAAACAUGAAACAGCGGAGAAUAAGAGGAUGAAAGUACAGACACAGAUUCAAGAAUAUUCAGAGGGAAAGGAGCUCCAAAAACGAACCUGAAGAGGAAUUUAGUGAAAAACAAUCUGAGGAGUUAUUACAGGUAAACUUCAGAGCAGAGACUCCUCACUACCCCUGAAUGUAUUUGAUCAUUAAACUGGAACUUUUCUGUAAAGCAUUGACGAGAUUAUCAUCUCCUAUCCUGAAAAAAGAGGAUUUUUAAUACUUUAUUCCAAAACUACAAUUUCCUCACUGAAAUAUUGAUUUAAUUUCCAUCAUUGCCAAUCGUGACUAUCACAAUAAAAAAAUAUUUUUUUCUAUUCAUGUGAAGUUUAAGUUUUAUGUACGAUAAUCUUCAUUCAGCUGAUACGAACAGAAAUAAUCUAAUCUUUUAAAUUCGUGUCUGUUAUUAAAUUUAUCUAUUUAAUCGACAUUUUCCUCACAACCAUCUUCUUCAAGUUACAAAUCUGUUUUUUCUUCUUCUUGGAUAAGCUCACAUUUCUCCCUGCCUUUAAAUCCACAGGGGUUCGACUGAAACAUGCGAUUAGCAUAUGUGUGUGAAAACACCUUUAUUAGCAUAUCAAAGUAAAUAAAUGAGGGCGCGCCCCGGAGGAGGAUCAGAGCAGUCGCAGAGAAAAUUAAGAGGAGAAUUCAUUAGUGAACAACUUUGGAUUCUUUUCUACCGUCUGUUUAUUUAAUUAUCUGAGCGUCUCUUUCGCUCGUUUAUUCCGCUCACAUGUGGAACAAAUUAGAUCAAAAAUCUGGUUUAUAAUCCGGAUGAAGACCCUCCUCUUCUCUUCUUCUGCAGGUUCUGGUGCUUCCACGUACACCCUGGACAGCGGCAUCGGUACGUUCCCUCUGCCUGACUGCAGCAGCGGAGCAGCAGGACGCGGUCUGUCCAAGACGAGGGCUGGGGCCGACCACCACUCGGGGUCCCCCGGGAGGGCCGGACGCCGGGCUCGCACCCUGGAGCGAGAGCUGACGUCGCAGGAGGAGUGUUACGCGCCGCACAAACAGCUGAUUCCCACAAUUCAGUAUGGCUCUGUGAUGGAGGGGAGGGGCUCCGCGGGCGUCAUCAGAGAAGGUGAAGACAAACGAGAUAGAUAGAUAGAUAGAUAGAUAGAUAGAUAGAUAGAUAGAUAGAUAGAUAGAUAGAUAGAUACUUUAUUGAUCUCAGAGGGAAAUUGAAACACAACAAACGAGCGAAAAAGACGGAGCUGCUGCCACUUGUGACGGCACAGUCACAGAAAAUCUAAAUGUACGACUUCGUCCUUUAAAGAUCAAUCUCUCCCUCAUCUACAGACAAAGAGGCUCACGGUGCGAACAUGUUCUCCCCGCGCUCAAAGACCUGGACCUUCCCCAACCUGAAGACUCCGGCAGGUCCUGCGGAGGUUUACCUGGCAGUGGAGGAGGAAGAGGAGGAGGCCGUGUCCUUUGGAUCACCGUUCAGAGGGGUAAAUCCAGGCUCUGUGUCCGCUGAAGAAACUCUGUCAUGUAUAAAUUUUAAGACAAAAAGACCAGAGAGGCUGUUUUUAGGGUUUUUAGAGUAACUGAUCCACAUUUUGCUCCAGAAAAGGUGAAAACAAGUUUGGAGGAAAACUUUGAGGGAGUUUGGAGGUUUGUUCCUCUCUGGUGCAGACAGGUUUUCCCAUUACUGUCACAUAAAUCUCCGACUCAGAUGAAGUUCGUUUUUUAUCUCUGCGUUGAUCUUUUGUGGGAAAAAAAACUGCACAGAAAUUCCCCGUAGUUUUACUGGGAACCAAAGACAGGAUCAGAGUUAAAAUCAUAGAAGAAAAAAAAGGUUAAAUAACGAGUCGGUUGAGUUUGUGAGGCCCGUGAUAACACAGAUUUGCCUCAAGGGACCACAAUCUGUACGGCAUACGGCACCAUCUGUCCUCAGACAAAGGAGGACGGAGGACGAACACGUAAAAAUAAACCUUAGAUGGAGGAAAAGUCACUUAGAUGGAGACGAACACGCUGAGAACUUCCUUUUGUUUGGUGUAAUCGUGACUUUGCUCGUGUUUCGACUUCAUUUUGUCGUCUGUUCUUGUUGAGAAGCUGCCGGGCAGAGGCAUGAAGGAGCAGAAAUCUGGGUCGCUCUCAGACUUAAAAUACUCUGCAGCAGUAAAGCGAGGAUACAUUUUUAAAUGUGCACUCUCAGCUUACAUAAUGAAGAACACAGAAACACACCAAUUAUUCAUCAGCCGAGUAUUAAAGAUUUAUCUCUGUUUCGCUUCUGUUUCUUUUGCACCUGAAGGCGUUACAUAAGGCACGUCACAUGACCUUGAAUGCUUCUGCUUCCUCUCAGGGUAUGAAGGCCGGCGGCCCCUCCUCCAGCCGGGUGGUCGACCCCGGCAGCCUGCCCGUCCCCGCCCAGUCCGGGAUGAGCCGCAGGGGGAAGACCCGCACGCCCAGCGUCCCCGAGAUGAGCCGGGAGGCCGGGCUGGAGCUGCUCAGGGAGCGUCCCGAGGAAGCCAUCUCCCCGAGUCGCCCUCAAGUCCUGGAGACCCCCGAGUCCCUCAGCGACUCGCUGUACGACAGUCUGUCGUCCUGCGGCAGCCAAGGAUGA